UGCCAUGUGGUACAAGAAGCAGCUUCUCAACAGGAUAUUUAUGGAAGAAAUGCCACAGAUCGUUCCCAACGUUGCACAUAUUCUUCUCUUUUUCCAAGCGGAACAAUUCAUAGAGAUCAACUCAUCACAGUGAGACAAUUGUGAAAGGGUCUUUAAGGAUGCCUACCCACAACAUGCUGAAGAUUUUCUUUAUGCUACUGACAGUGGUUAUCUACACAAUAAUGAUAGUGAUGAAUGCAGGAGCUGGUUCAGGGGCAUUCAGAGGUGUGUUUCAUACCACAGUUGGAAAUAUCUCACGCCACCAUGACACAAACUUCACACCAGCAUCCUGGGCCUUCUUCGUUUGGAACGUUAUCUUUCUAUGGCAAUAUGCCUGGCUGGGCUAUGCCCUGUCUGGUCUCUGCAGAAGGAAUGAACUUGGUUGGGUCUACAUGUGGCCAGAUGUGCUGCCACUCCCAUUUUACUGGACAUGGAUGCUGAACAAUGCUUUAAACAUCGGAUGGCUAUUUCUGUGGGAUUCCUUACUCUUCAGUCCAGCGCUACUUGUCCUGGGACUUCUCACCCUCACAAACUAUGCAGCUCUCUUCAUUUCGCACCGGGCUUUGUUCCCUCACACAGCUUGGUUCCAAAAGAACAGCAAAGCAGACCUCUGGCUUAUCCGGAUUCUGGUGCAAAAUGGAAUUGCUCUGUAUGCCACUUGGAUCACAAUAGCUACGCUGUUGAAUUUCACAGUUGUCUUGAUCUACAAUGGACAUGUUUCCAAUGAGACUGCCACCAUAGUCUCACUUUGCAUCCUUUUCUGUGAGGUGGUUGUAUGGUUUUAUCUGGAGAACUUCUUAUUUGAUAAGUACGUGCGCUAUAACCUCAUUGUCUACCCAGUGGUCAUUUUAGCAUUAUGUGGUACCUUGCAGAAAAAUAGUAUGGAUUUCUCUCCAAAUGCAAGCAACAUUAUCACGGUUGUGCUGCUGAUAGUGACCUGUGUCAUAUUUAGCAUUCGAGUGGGCCUAGUCACUUGGAGACACAGAAAGGAGAAUUUGGUUGAACAACUUCCUCCAAGUGCAAUACUGUGAAGUUACCUGCUUCCUGAAUGGAGCCAUUAAAGAGAAAGUAUGCCUCAAAGACUUCAGUUGUGGAUCAAGUGUGCAACUAUCCACUGUGCCUUAUAAUUUUCUCUCAACGAACAGUUAACCAGAAUAUUUGUCCCAUGCAUUCAUAUUCAGCUAGCUUCUGUGGCUUCCCUCUACCAGUCUUAUUGCCUCUUCAUCACCCACAUUGGGAUCUUAUGUAUUCCAGAACAGAAAUGGGAGUAGGGGAAAA